AUGCAGGACAUCAACCAGGCUCACGCCUUUCUCCUCCUUGGCCUUCCCGACGUCAUCGUCAGGCAGGUCUAUGAGGGGCAGGAGAUGACGCUCGCUGAAGGAGAGCUGAGCCUCGAAUGUGUGACUCUCCCCAUCCCACCCGAGAUUGGUCACCAGACGGCCAACCCGUUCGCGCCCGCCGAGACCCCCGAGACCCAUGACCUCUGGCUCAUCCUCAAGGUCGGCGACUUUGAGCACACCCUCGUGCCAGGCAACUAUCUCACCAGCAAAGCUCCUCCCGGCGGCGACGGCGGUCCCACGUACACCAUCACCGAAGGCGGCAUCCCCAAUGCUCGUCUGGACGUGGUCCUUGCUGCUCCCCGCAACGCGGGCGAGCUGGAGGACUUGUCGACCUUUGAGGGCCUGCUGCGCCAAUACGGCAGUGUGCACCCGGAAGAGACCGCCCUGACGGGUGUUGUGGCGCCGACUCUGACCAACGACCCAUCGCCAAAGUACGACAGUAAAUCUAGCGCAUAUGUUCAUGACGAGAAGAAGCCCCUUCCUCCCCCUGUUGUCCACGGUGCGGCGGGACAGGACCUCCGCGGUCGCCUCGUCCUCGUCGACGAGACCACGGGCCAAGUGCUUGGCGAGCUCGACGGCAAGCCGACGGCCGAGGGCGCCGAGGCGCUGGCCAGUUCCGACCCGACGCGCCCCGUCUUUGUCGACUUGGAACCGGGUGCGGACGGUUAUGUCGCCCAGACCGAGGUCAGCACCAUUCCUAUCGAGGAGCUCGACGACUGGCUCCUGCGCGGCGCCGACCGUGUUAGCCGUGGCAUCCUCUCGUUUGGCACUUGGGGCUCAGCCAAGAUGUUGCAGGGCGCCAGCAAGAUCAAUCAAAAGGUUACCCCGCGCCCCGAGCCGAUCAAGCUUGGCAACACCACCAACUCGGGUUUGAAGCACCUUCACGGUAUCAGCGGCAGUGCUCAGACCAUCACUAGGACGACUGUCGACGGUAUCAACAAUGCACUCUUCCGCGUAACUGGCUCAGGUUCGUCGAAGACUACAACUGGAACUACCACAGCCGCUCCGACAGUCACGACCUCGGGCACCGCCACGCCAUCAAAGAAGCAAGGGUACUACGCCAUGCUCAAGAGCGGCGCGACUCAGCUGGUCUCUGCAGCCCGUUCUGCUGGUGGCUCGACGUCGGCUCCCACAUCGGCGACUGCCACCACUGCGCCUACCCUUCCUGCCCGCGCUGGCGAGAAGCAGCCGCCUUCUUACACCCAGGCGGACCAGUUCCCCGAGAAGACGGCCGCGUACGGCGCCAUCCAGGCCACAUCUACCGGCGUCGCGUCGCCGACCGCCGCAUCGGCCAAGGGUUCUCAGUACGCUGCACCUGCCGGUACUCCUCCUCCCGGCGCCAGCCCCUUCACCCCCGGUACCCAGACCCCACGCAAGAAGCGCUCCCUCAUGAACCGCAGUAUCAUUGCGAUUGACGCGGUCCUCACCGCGACCGAGACGGCUGCCAACAGGCUGGUCGAGUCGGGCACUGCUGCCGCGUCUUCUGCUGUGGGCCACAAGUACGGCGAGGACGCCGCUCAGGCCACUGCCCUUGUCGGCGGUACCGUUCGCAACGUUGUGCUUGUCUACAUUGACAUUCGCGGUGUCGGCCGCAGGAGUCUCCUCAAGCGCGUCACCAAGGGCUACGUCAAGGCCCGCAUGCGUAACGGCGAGACCGUGCGUAUCCAGAGCCAGCAGGCCACUGGCCCGCGCACAAGCGUCGUCGACCACCAGCUUGUGGUCAGCGUCCCCGAUGCGGAGAAGAAGAAGUGA